UAAAUACAACGGAAUAUAACGAAGGCCGAUUCAAUCAGUCGUGUCGUAGCUGUUGAUCGAUCCGCACGUCUCAUAUCACGAUUCUUCUCGCCGGCGAGGACGAGAUCUCUAUAAUUUUAUCAAACGGCACGACAUUUUAUUCUCUUAAAUAUUUUAUUCAAUUCCGUUAUAUGUAUAUAUGUAUAUUAAUAAUACUGACGAAAUUGUGAAAAGAAUCCAUGUUGACGAUUUAAUUGUAUGUAAAUCGGUGAAGGCAACCGGUAAUCGAGUACGAAGAAGAAAAGGACGUGACAUUUAAAAGGAGCAAACGGAUUUAGAAAACAUUUGAAAAGCAAUGGUGACUACAUUGAUAUUCUUAAGCCUUAUGACCAGUGCUUUUGGUCAAUUGAUCUAUCCUGAUGAAUAUAAUCGGCUCAGAAAUUUAUCAACUAUUCCUCCGAAUCUGUAUUCAAAUAUUGCAAGUUCUGCGAUUAAAGGUAAUCCUACAAAUUCACAACCACCAAUGAUUUCGUUACAAUCUAUGAUACCCGAUGAAUUGCAAAAUGCAACAAUGUAUCCUGUUCAGAUGGAGAACACGCUGCAAGGCUGGAGCGAUCAUGUAAACAAUAUUAUUGUUAAUGGAGUAUUAAAAUUUGCCUUGGACGUAGAACGACAGAUUUAUAGAACUCGAGACAUGUCUUUAAUGGGUCAACAAGAUAAUAUAAUUUUCUCGCCGAUCAGCCUCACAGUGACAUUAGCGAUUGUUUUUGCGGGUUCUGCUGGCAGAACUUUCAACGAAGUGUCUAGAGUACUUGGACUCGAAAGUGGUAUUGAUAUCUCACAAAACUCUGAGAUUGUUCAUCAGAUGUUUGGCCUAUUGUUGACGAAACUCCACACCAAGAUAGAUGGAUCUCCUAGACCACGUGUAGAUUUUGCUACAGCCUCAUAUGUCCAGGAUGGAUUUCCAAUAUUGCCACAAUUCAAAGCACUGAGCAAGAAUGUUUAUGAAAAUGAGUUAAUCAACGUAGACUUCACAAGAAAAGGAAAAGCGGCAAUGGAUAUAAUAAAUACAUGGGUAAAUCAGAAGACGAUGGGAAAAAUUUCAAAAAUUUUGGAUGACGUGCCUAGUCCAAACACUAUGAUGAUUCUUUUGUCGGCGCUUUAUUUCAAUGGUGAAUGGAAUCAACACUUCUUAACAGGAUUUACAAAAAGGACACUAUUUUACGUUGAGCCAAAUGAAUCAAUUCUAGUAGACAUGAUGUACAAUGCAGGCACUUUUCCUUUUUAUGAAGAUAAACAAUUGGGAAUAAAAAUUCUUGGUCUUCCAUAUAAAGGUCACGAAAUUUCAAUGUAUAUUCUUCUUCCGAAAAAUCCAGGUGCGAAAGCUCUUCGAGAAUUUCAAAAUAAACUAACAGUUGACAUCAUUGAAAAUUUAGUUAAGAAUAUGAAAAAUGAAACUUGUAUCAUUGGUAUGCCACGAAUGAAGCUGAGCAGCACAUUGCAUUUAGAACCUAUACUUGCUGCGUUAGGCGUGAAGUCUUUAUUUGAUCCUGAAUUAGCGGAUUUGAGUCUCAUAUCUCAAGGCAAGAGUAAAAACAACCAAAAUGAAAUAUUAUCAAGAGGUAAUAGAACGAAUGCACGUCAACAGAAUUACGAAGAUAUUUCUUCUCGUAUUUCAAUUCAAGAUAAAAGGGUAAAUAGUCGCAUGAUGAAAAGAAAUUCCUUCGUAUACGAGGAUAAGAUUCGUGGCUAUUCUGUGGAACAAUGGACAAAUGGGUUUUCCAUUAGAAAAAUUCGCAAUGUUCGUGACGUCAAAGAGAAAAAAGAUAGAAAUUUGUAUAGAACGGAAGAGAGAACCGCAGAAAAUAACGAUCAUGCAAAAGUUGUAAAUCUUGAAGAAAAUAAAUAUCGCUUCCAGGAAAAUAAACAAACAAGAAGAAACAGAAGACAGAGUAGACCGAUCAAUCAGGACUUUUUAAAUUAUGUAAAGCAAAAAAAUUUUCCUUCAUUUGGAUUGGACGAUCUGAGGAAUAGUGGCAAUUUAGUGAAUCCUCAUCUCUUCGCUUCUAAAGUUCUUCAAAAAGUGGAGAUUGAUAUUACGGAAAAGGGUACCGAGGCCGCAGUCGUGACUAGCAUUGUGCUAGAGCGUGAUGGAAAUCAGAAGAGGCUCAUGGCAAAUCGACCAUUCAUCUUUUUCAUCAGGCAUGAUCCAACAAGACUCGUAUUCUUUUGGGGCACGUUAAAUGUUCCCGCUCCGAACUACCAGAACACGUAAUCUGAAACAAGAAUAUUUUUUAGUGACGAUAAAGAUGAUUACCGAAAGUAAUCAUAUUGAAUAAUUAUUAACUUUCUUUUAUACCAUUUUUUUUUAUAUUUAUUUAUCUCAGAUUAUCCUCAAAGCUCGCGUUUCUUUUUCUGGCGUCUCUUUUACUGCUAGUCAUGCGGGAAAUUAUCAUUUUUGAACGAAUAAUUGUAUUUUGUACAAAGAUUAUAAAAAAUCAGCUUGUUUGAAGGACUCUUUUAUUUGAAUGUGAUGAGAAGUUACAAAUACUUGCACAUGAUUUAUUUAUAUAAUUCUUCUUUUAUUCAUUUAUAGAUAUUGUGCGUGUAAUAUGCAAGUUGCAAUAAUUUUAUAGAUGAUAAAUCUGCAUUUCCUAUUGGAACAGUAUUUUUUCAGAAUUUAAUAUGAUAUUUUAUUCUUAAGUGCAAUAUAACAUUAAGUUGGAUUGCAUUUUUAUACAUUGUCUUAUUUAUUUAAUGAUUUCAUAUAGUCACAAUGAAUAAAUGUUUUUUU